AUGAUAGUGCCGAAGGGUGCAGCCAGGAAGGACGUACGAAGGUACCCACCCAGCAGGUACCAGAAUCGACUAACUGCGACUCCAGUUCCUGUUUUGAAUUCGAGCACCACUCCUAAAGAAGAUCCACCAGUUUCGACAGCCUGUUCAUGCAACUACGGACAGUCAUCAAAGAUAGUGCUGCUACUAACUGCAAUAGUACACGCCAUUGAUCGACAUAAUCAGCCACAUGAGUGCCGUGUGUUGCUCGACAGCGGUUCUCAGGUAAAUUUCGUGUCCGAGAAAAUGGCAGACAUCCUUGGGUUCCCGAAGAAACGAGCCAAUAUUGCAAUUACCGGCAUAAACGCGUUGAAAACGCUUGCUCGAGACAAGGUUUUCGUAAAAUUCCGUUCCCGUUAUGAAGAUUUCCAUGCCAGCAUCGAAUGUUUGGUUACACUAAAGGUGACGGGCACAAUUACAUCUGCCAAGAUUGACGUCACCGAAUGGAACAUCCCUCAAGGAAUUCAUUUGGCCGAUCCUGAGUUCCAUAAGCCUGAGAAGAUCGACAUGCUAGUCGGAGCUGAGCUGUUCUUCGACUUGCUGCGCCAGUUUUGGAGCAUUGAAGAAGUUCCUGAUGUUACGCCGCUGUCUGUAGAAGAGCAGUCAUUUGAAACACAUUUCCUUUCCACUUGCAAUCGCAAUCCAAAUGGACGAUUUGUCGUUAGCCUACCUCUGAAGGAAAAUGUUAACCAGAUUGAUGAUUGUUGUGAAACUUUGAAACGAUUUCUGAUGCUUGAAAAACGGCUGCAGCGUGACGCCGAACUUCGAUCCCAGUAUGUUGAUUUCAUUCGCGAGUACGAGGCUCUUGGACAUUGUCACGAAGUGAAGGAGUCCAAUGAUCAAUCCAAUCGGGCAAUGUACUAUAUGCCACACCACGCUGUUCUUCGACCACAUAGCUCCAGCACCAAGUGUCGUGUGGUGUUCGACGCAAGCGCCAAGUCAUCGUCACCAAAGCUAUCGCUCAACGAAGUACUCAAGGUUGGUCCCAUUGUUCAGAGGGAUCUGUUUUCCAUCAUGCUGAAAUUGGAUACGGUUACGUACGAUACAGCAUCCGCUUCAUAUCAAGCCACCCGAUGUUUGCUCCAGCUCGCCGAAGAUGAGUCAGCAGACUUUCCCAUUGGUGCUCGUAUCGUAAAGGAGGAUUGUUACAUCGACGACGUGUUAUCUGGCGCGGAUACCAUCGAGGAAGCCAUUGAAUGCCAUCGCCAAUUAAAUCAGAUGCUCGCCCGAGUCGAAAAACGUGAAAAGCAGUUCACCUUACAGGAAUAUGGUGCCAACGAAGCAAUAAGGGUUCUUGGCUUACUGUGGGAUCCGAAUAACGAUCAGCUUUUCAUCACUCAUCAAAAUCAACAAUUGUCAACGUCGGCUCAACCAGCGACCAAACGGAUCAUCUACUCCGAGAUUGCAAGGUUUUUUGAUCCAUUGGGAUUGUUCUCACCGGUGAUCGUGGUCGCCAAGAUUCUGAUGCAGCAGCUAUGGAAGACCAACGCAGGAUGGGAUGACAUCCUGGAUGAACAAUUCCAACAACAAUGGCGACUGUUGCAAGAAUCUCUGCCUCAUCUAAAUUUCAUGCAGGUGCCACGAUGUGUGACUUUUCCGAAUGCCGUGGCCUACGAACUUCAUGGGUUUGCUGAUGCUUCUGCCGUUGCGUAUGGUGCCUGCAUUUACGUGCGCAGUAUUUCCGCCGAUGGUUCGGCACAAUUGAAACUACUCAGCAGCAAAUCAAAGGUUGCACCACUGCAUGAAGUAACCACCCCGAAGAAGGAAUUGUGUGCUGCUCUACUGCUAACUAGCCUGCUGGAAAAGGUACUACAAGCCAUACAGAUGACGUUCCGAGAAAUUGUGCUCUGGUCCGACAGCACAAUCGUCCUGGCCUGGCUGAAGAAGCCUACCGAUCGUCUGCAAGUUUUUGUGCGAAAUCGCGUGGCAGAGAUCCAGAGAACCACCGGAAACUUCAAGUGGUGUUACGUUCGUUCGGGAAGCAAUCCAGCUGACGUGGUAUCGCGAGGUCAGCUACCGGAACAAUUACUCAACAACGAACUAUGGUGGAACGGCCCCGUGUUACUCAGAUCAACCUACUACGAUUUAGAAGAUCCAGAAGAAGUUCCUGAUCAGCUGCUUCCAGAAAUGAAAUUGGUCAUCGCUACGCCAGCUGUGAAGGUCGAACUCUUUCCGUUUGUAACUAAAUUCAGCAACUUUCGCAAGGUACAACGCAUCAUGGCAUAUGUUUUGAGGUUCGUCAACAACUGCCAGCAGAAGCAUUUCCUCGAUCGUGUUCUCACUCCUUAUUUGACCAUCCGAGAAUUGCACCGCUCGACGGAGGUGCUCAUCAAGAUUUCCCAGCACAUUCAAUUGGCAGACGAAAUUGAACGCCUUCAGUCCAAUAAAAAUUGCAAGCGAGUCGGAAAUCUUCGUCCAUUCAUCCAAGAUGGCUUGCUCCGAGUCGGAGGCCGACUCAUUCACUCCAAGUUGCCAUAUGCAUCAAAGCAUCCAGUCAUAUUGCCGGACAAGGAUCCCAUCACGACGAUGCUAAUCAGGACGAUGCACAUCGAGCUGCUUCAUCAGGGCCAAUCAGCGCUCAUCAACGCAAUUCGACUGGCCGCUCAAAGGUACUGGCCGCUCAAAGCUCGUUCUACUGUGAGGCAGAUUACUCGCAAAUGCGUAAAAUGCUUUCGUGUGAGACCGGGAGCCACAACGCAGCUGAUGGGAAAUCUUCCGCAAUCACGAAUCGUGCCAUCUCCACCAUUCGCAGUGACUGGUGUGGACUACGCUGGUCCUUUGUUGGUAAAGCAAGGAACCUAUCGUCCCAAACUCGUCAAGGCGUAUGUAGCAGUGUAUGUCUGCAUGACCACCAAGGCCCAUCACUUAGACGCUUCAUCAGUCGUAGAAGAUUGGUACAGCAGUUGCAUUGAUAAUGCAACCAACUUUAAGGGAGCGAACCACGAGUUGAACCAGCUGCAUCAUCUUUUUCGAGAUCAACAGAAGCUCGAUCAAGUUCAACAGUUUUGCGCAGCACGUGAAAUCGAGUGGCAUUUCAUCCCUCCUGACGCCCCUGAAUUUGGCGGACUGUGGGAAGCGGCAGUGAAGUCGUCGGCAACGCGCGGUUAA